CCUUAUAUCUCACUUUUUCUCUUUACCUCUCUCUGAUCUCUCACACACUCUCAGUUCCAAAAAAAAAACCUACAAAAACCCUCUAAAUUCGAAGCUAAUCGAAACGAUGAGUCGUGGAAGUGGUGGUGGCUAUGAUCGUCACAUCACGAUUUUCUCACCCGAAGGUCGUCUCUUUCAAGUGGAGUAUGCUUUCAAGGCUGUCAAGGCUGCCGGAAUCACCUCGAUUGGUGUACGAGGAAAGGAUUCAGUCUGUGUCGUAACUCAAAAGAAGGUCCCGGACAAGCUUUUGGAUCAAACAAGUGUCACACAUCUUUUCCCCAUCACCAAGUAUCUUGGUUUGUUGGCAACUGGCAUGACAGCUGAUGCAAGAACUUUGGUUCAACAAGCAAGAAAUGAAGCAGCUGAGUUUCGCUUUAGAUAUGGAUAUGAGAUGCCUGUAGAUGUGUUGUCUAAAUGGAUUGCUGACAAAUCACAAGUCUAUACUCAACAUGCGUAUAUGAGACCUCUUGGAGUAGUUGCUAUGGUUUUGGGUAUUGAUGAUGAAUAUGGUCCUAGACUCUACAAAUGUGAUCCAGCAGGCCAUUUCUUUGGUCACAAGGCCACAAGUGCUGGAUUGAAAGAGCAGGAGGCAAUUAAUUUCUUGGAGAAGAAAAUGAAGAAUGAUCCUGCAUUUACUUAUGAGGAGACAGUGCAGACUGCGAUUUCAGCCCUGCAAUCAGUUCUACAAGAGGAUUUCAAAGCCAAUGAGAUUGAGGUUGGAGUAGUGAGGACAGACAACCCAGUCUUUAGAGUGUUGUCCACAGAGGAGAUUGAUGAGCACUUGACUGCCAUAAGUGAACGCGACUGAGAUUUGAUGCAAUGUUGAAUGCUUUUUAGUAUUUGUCAUUCAGUGUUAUUUGAAUCAUCAAACAUUUGCUUAAAGAAUUCUUCCUGAUCUUGUAACUUGUAUAACUAAUGUUGGAUAUGUCAUUAUGCAUUUCUAAACUGAAAAGGCUUUCUUUAA